AUGGCUUGGAGGCGCAUCAUCACCAAGGUUUCGAGCCAUGAACGGGAAUGGAAAAGCUUACUUGUUAGAGCUUAUACUUCUCUUCCUAGAAGAGUUAUUGGAGCUGCAGCAGGUGGUGGUGGUGGAGCUUCUUCAAGGUUUCAAUCGAGCUAUGUUGGUAGCUUUGCUCGGAGAGUGCGUGAAAGAGAUGAGUUUAACGAGGUUGCACAACUGAGAGAACUGUUCCGCAGAAACGAUCCUGAAGCGGUUAUCAGAAUAUUCGAGAGCAGCCCUUCUAUGCAUUCCAAUCCCUCUGCACUCACCGAGUAUAUCAAGGCCUUGGUUAAAGUUGAUAGGCUUGAUAACAGUGAGCUCGUCCGAACAUUGCAAAGAGGUAUUGCUGGUGCUUCUCAGGAGCAAGAGAGUUUUGGAGAUCUUGCAGCAUUUAGAAACUUAGGAAAGGGAACAAAAGAUGGUGUUCUCGGAACUGCUGCUGCACCCAUCCAUACCAUAUCCACUGAAAGGAGUAGCUUCAAAGAACAGCUAUGGAGUACUUUCCGGACUAUCGCAGUUGGCUUUUUGCUUAUUUCUGGUGCUGGAGCACUUAUUGAGGAUCGAGGAAUUGGCAAAGGACUCGGUUUGCAUGAAGAAGUGCAACCUAGUAUGGACUCAAACACCAAAUUCGCCGAUGUAAAAGGUGUUGAUGAAGCAAAAGCUGAGCUUGAGGAGAUUGUGCAUUAUCUCCGUGACCCCAAGAGAUUCACUCGUUUGGGAGGAAAGCUUCCUAAGGGAGUCCUGCUCGUUGGUCCUCCUGGCACAGGGAAGACAAUGCUAGCAAGGGCCAUCGCCGGAGAAGCUGGAGUGCCUUUCUUCUCCUGCAGUGGCAGCGAGUUCGAAGAGAUGUUUGUUGGAGUCGGAGCCAGAAGAGUGAGAGAUCUUUUCGCCGCUGGAAAGAAGUGCUCCCCUUGUAUUAUUUUCAUCGACGAGAUUGAUGCUAUUGGAGGAAGCCGUAACCCCAAGGACCAGCAGUACAUGAAGAUGACGUUGAACCAGCUCCUCGUCGAGCUGGAUGGGUUUAAACAGAACGAAGGGAUUAUUGUCGUCGCGGCUACAAACUUCCCUGAGUCGUUGGAUAAGGCCCUGGUUAGACCUGGGAGGUUCGAUCGCCAUAUUGUUGUGCCUAGCCCUGAUGUCGAAGGUCGUCGCCAGAUUCUCGAGUCUCACAUGUCAAAGGUACUUAAGGCUGAAGAUGUUGAUUUAAUGAUCAUAGCUAGAGGAACACCUGGAUUCUCCGGAGCUGACUUGGCGAAUCUGGUCAACGUCGCUGCUCUAAAAGCUGCAAUGGACGGUGCAAAAGACGUGACGAUGUCUGACCUCGAGUUUGCCAAAGACAGAAUCAUGAUGGGAAGCGAGAGAAAAUCUGCAGUUAUAUCCGAGGAGUCGAGAAAACUGACCGCCUUCCACGAAGGCGGCCACGCCCUCGUGGCCAUCCACACGGAAGGCGCUCUUCCAGUCCACAAAGCGACCAUUGUGCCACGCGGUAUGGCUCUCGGCAUGGUCUCUCAGCUGCCUGAUAAAGACGAGACCAGCAUUUCUAGGAAACAGAUGCUUGCUCGGCUCGAUGUUUGCAUGGGAGGAAGGGUGGCAGAAGAGUUGAUUUUCGGGGAGAGCGAGGUGACUUCAGGGGCCUCGUCCGAUCUCGAGCAGGCGACUAAGCUCGCUCGAGCGAUGGUUACCAAGUUCGGUAUGAGCAAAGAGGUUGGUCUCGUGGCGCAUAACUACGAUGACAAUGGGAAGAGCAUGAGCACCGAGACGAGGCUUCUCAUCGAGAGGGAGGUGAAGCUUCUUUUGGAAAAGGCUUAUAACAAUGCGAGAAACAUCCUCACGGUUUAUAAUAAAGAGCUGCAUGCACUUGCGAACGCUUUGCUUCAGAACGAGACUAUGUCUGGGAAGCAGAUUAAAGAGUUGCUUGCUGAUCUCAACUCUCCUCAGAUUAAAAAGCGUCAAGAGGUUGCUGCACAGCAGAGCCAUCCUGUUCCUCCUCCGUCAACUCCUAGCCCUGCUGCGUCUGCAGCCGCGGCGGCUGCUGCUGCUGCUUCUGCCGCCGCCUCGGCUGCUGCAACCGCUGCAACCAAAGGUAAAGACAUGGCACCUGUAGGGUCUUGAGAAAAAAAAAUAAAGGAGGGUAAUUUUUAUUUGGGAAUAAACUCUUUUAUUUUGAGAGUAUUUUAGAAUCAGUGGUGAGAGAUUAAGAAUGAAGGGCAAUGAGAUUAACAUCUCAGUUUUUUAUUUUAUUUUACAAAUGUCUUUUUUUUUUAUCUCACACGGAAUCUCGCUACAAAAUGGUAUUUUGUGUGUUUCUCUCUCGUUCGUUUGUCUUAAUGUACUUGGAAUCUUGUGGGAUCCUUCUCAGAAGUUUGGCUCGUACAGUUUCAGGUUACAACAUGA